AUGAAUAGGGUGACAUUUGGAACACAUGCUGGCUGUGCAGGCUCCCACUGUGGAGACUCCAGUCAGCCAGAAUGUGACUCCCAUGGUCUGCUAGAGCCAGGGUCUGUGGAGCCCACUGUGGAGACUCCAGUCAGCCAGAAUGUGACUCCCCAUGGUCUGCUAGAGCCAGGGUCUGUGGAGCCCACUGUGGAGACUCCAGUCAGCCCCAGGGUCAGUCAGGAGGAGGAGGAGAGGAAGAAGAUCAUCGACGGUCAAUACAAAUGCUUUGAGAAGAUGAACAGAGACCAGCCGUAUAACAAAUCAGGGCUGUACUGUAACCGGACCUGGGAUGGCUGGCUGUGCUGGGAUGAUACACCUGCUGGGACAGUCACCUGGCAGAACUGCCCAAACUAUUUCCGUGACUUCGACUCCACAGAAAAAGCUACAAAGACAUGUGGCGAAUCAGGACAGUGGUUCCGCCACCCAGAUUCUAAUAGGACAUGGUCCAACUACACGCUGUGUAACUUCCACACUACUGGCAAGCUGAAGAUGGCCUAUAUCCUGUACUACAUGGCGAUUGUGGGUCAUGCCUUAUCCAUAGCCUCCCUCCUGAUCUCUCUGGCUAUAUUCUUCUACUUCAGGAACCUGAGCUGCCAAAGGAUCACGCUUCAUAAGAACCUCUUCGUUUCCUAUGUCCUCAACUCCGCCCUUACCCUCAUCUACCUCAUAGCAGUGGUCAACAACACAGAUGUAGUGGAGAGAAAUCCAGUUGGCUGUAAGGUGUUGCACUUCUUCCACAUGUACAUGCUGGGCUGUAACUACUUCUGGAUGCUGUGUGAGGGGAUCUAUCUGCACACGCUCAUUGUGGUGGCUGUGUUCGCCGAGGAGCAGCACCUACACUGGUACUACCUCCUAGGCUGGGGGUUUCCCUUAGUGCCUGCAUCCAUCCAUGCCGUGGCAAGGAAGAAGUAUUUUGAUGACAACUGCUGGAUGAGUGUUGAGACCCACCUGCUCUACGUGGUCCACGGGCCCAUCAUGGCAGCACUGCUCGUGAAUCUGUUCUUCUUGCUGAACAUCGUGAGGGUGCUGGUUACCAAGCUGAGGGACACCCACCGGGCAGAGUCUAACAUGUACAUGAAGGCGGUGAGAGCUACCCUGAUCCUGGUCCCUCUCCUGGGCAUCCAGUUUGUCAUCUUCCCCUGGAGGCCAGAGAACCGUCUGGCGGGGGAGGUAUACGACUACAUCAUGCAUAUACUAAUGCAUUACCAGGGAUUACUAGUGGCAACGAUCUGCUUUUUCAAUGGCGAGGUAAGCACUACUGUGCAGGCGCUCGUCGAAGAGGACAGAAGACCGCCACAAUCCAUCACUAGAGGUCCCGCCUUCAUGUACCACCACGACUGCAACAGCGAACACUUAAACGGCAGACACACCUCUGAGGACUCUGAGCUGGUGGCUCUUAAGACAGGGGAGACGUACGCCUGA